CAAAUUGGGCAAGCCGAAUGGGUCGUCAAAACAAAAUUUCCUUCCUUGAAAAUUCGAACACCGUUCUACGGCAGUAAAGAAAGGAAAAAAAGAAAAAAAAGAACAAAAAACUCACAUCUCGUCCUCCAACUCCUCUUGCGCCUCUCUAAUCCGGUGACGCUCUGACGACAUCACGACGGCGACCCAACUUCUUCAACAACUUCUUCCAACGCAAGCGAAGACACACCCACGUGAGCGAAGCUGAAGCGUUCGAACGUUUGCGUAGACCUACGGCGUUCUCCGGCCACUGUGGUGUAGACCUACGGCGACUCGAGGGUUCCAACGUCUGUUCUGUAACGUGGGACGUCAGCUUUUGAACUCACGAACAGCGUGUGAAUUCCCCUGAAACUCUCAAAAAAGACGUAUAGGAAGCGGAAAAGUGGCAUCUCAAGCAGAGGUCAAUGUUUGGAUCUAAGUUUUCCAUUUUUGGAACCGGUACUGCUGCUGAUAAGGUCGAGAAGUCAGCGAAGAGCGAGUUUUUUCCUGGCCUGAAACUUCGUUCUGAUAAAGAUGUGUAUCGUCCUGGCGAUCCGGUUGUUGUUACUAUUGAAAUUUGUUCCUCUGUCCCUCAAUUGGACUGCUCUCUUUUGAUCGAACGACUUCGUUUUGAGAUUAUUGGGCUCCAGAAGUUGGACGCCCAGUGGUUUAGCACUCAGAAGCCAAUUCCUGGAUCGAAACAACGGAGAGGUGAAUACAUUUUCAUGGACUGCUCGGUACAGUCAAUAGUUUCAAAUCAGAUAAUAUCUUCGGGGGCUAUGAAGUCAUAUGUGGUUCGAUCAACGCUUCCUACAUGCAUACCACCAUCUUACAAGGGUGCCACUAUUCGCUAUAUGUAUUGUGUUAAAAGCACAUUAGUAGGACGAUGGCUAUCACAGGAAAAUUGUCGAUCUCAUAAAGAGUCGCCAAUGGAUCAAAUAGAAAUGGAAGCUCGGGUUCCAUUACAAGUGUGGGUCACUCAGAAAACUAAUGGCAUGCUAAUGGAAGAAGGUCAAAAUGAUGCCUUUCAAAUGGAUGUCUUUUGGAAAGAGAUGGAAAGUGACACUGACUGGAUCAGAGCAAAUGAUAUAUAUGCUGGCAUUGAUGAAGGAUAUGAUAGCUCAAGGGAUGAGAUCUCAUCUGUCUCGUCAUACAAUCCUAUGAGAGAACCUUUUCAUAGAACAUUUGGAAGUUCACUGUCAUUGCAGUCAUCGGCUGGAAGAUCUUCAAUAAAGAUUGCUCCUUUUAUUGAAGGAGAGCGAUUAAGUUUAUCUUCUAAUGUUGCACGUCCUAGGGUCUCUGUUGCUGAGGUCCUAUAUGAAUCUACGGAUGUUGCAUCACCUCAGAAGUCAUUUGCAGCUGUCUCUCCCAGCCAGGUGUUGAACUUUGAGAAGAAUCAGUCAACGGAUGAUGAUGCUGGAGUAGCAACUUCACCUAGGCCUAAAAUUAUUGAACCUGUAGCAUCGGAAGGUUUUAUUCGAGGAAGAUCUUACAAUAUCAGGGUAGAUGACCAAGUAUUGCUUAGGUUUUGUCCAAAAAACUCUGAUUCAACCUAUUAUUUUAGUGACAUGAUAGGUGGAACUCUUACCUUUUUUCAUGAAGAAGGAACGAGGAGAUGCCUUGAGUUGUCGAUAACUUUGGAGACUUCAGAGACUGUAUCUCGCCGUUUCAUCCAUCCUUCUCGGAGGAAUUCUCCAACAAUUGUGAAGGUUCAAAGUGAUCAUUAUGAGGUUGUUGCUGAUUUAAUUCAGACAAGCUUUCUUUUCUCGAUUCCCAUGGAUGGGCCGAUGUCCUUUUCCACUCCACAUGUAUCUUUGCAGUGGGCACUUCGAUUUGAAUUUUUUACCACCCCUAAGAAUGUGGAUUGGACCAGAUAUGAGCAUCCUCUCUUGAUAGAAGGAAGAGAGAAAAGUGAAUGGGUCCUUCCAAUCACCGUGCAUGCACCUCCCUCUAGCGCUGCAACUGCUCAGAACCGAAAUGAUAGGCCUUUCUCUUUGGAGCCCUUGUGGAUGCACAGCUGAUGGCUGUACUUUCAGAUGAUUGUGAGAUUCUAAUUUGAACUCCUAAUGUGCAUCAUGCAGGGGUCCAUCGAUGGCUUGCUGCCAGGAUUCUUUACAAGAAACUGAUGUCCAGCAAAUGCAAAUGUCAGACAGAAGCACAUGAAGAAGAUGGCGACAAUGAGUAUAGACCAUUGACGCUGCAGGUUGGCUGAUACAUAUUACCAUAUGCUUCAAAGUGUUUUCCUCAAGUUGUGCUAAAAUUGUGUUCUUGGGUUCUCUCCAAUUCGAAAUGUGAAUCUGUUUCUGGUUUUUACUUUUAAAAUGCAAUAGAAACUCCCAACAUUCUUUUGGAACACUUGGAUGUGAUUAAAUUCUUUAUAUAUACUAGUACGAUGCCCGUGAUAUUUCAA